AUGAUCGUUUGUGCGGAUUGCAAUGUGAUUAUCUGCGGCCUCUGCGCCUACAAGAAACACAAGAUGCACGAUGGACGAGAGUUGUUGAAUGAAGAGAUUUAUGGACUCGCAAAAGAAUUAUCGGAUUUGAUUGACCAGAAAGUCGAUCAGCACAUCACACCACUCUCGAAUCUGUGCAAUGAAACUUUUGAGUUGUAUGAUGAAAUUAAAGCGGAGAUGUACAACUUGAAGCCACUCGUCUCAACGCAAACCUCGUGGAAGGAAGCUAAUGAGAAAGCCGAGAAAUGCCGCAAAAUGAUCGACGCGAUCGCCGACGUGUUCACCGAGUUCACUGCCGAGAUUCAAAAGUCGAAUAAAAAGCUAGAGGAAAAGCUGGAGAAGUUGAAAGCGCAAGAUUUCGACGCAAUCGAUGAGAAGCCGAUUGCUGACGCG